AUGUUUUUGGCGGCAUCGAAACAUCUGCGUCGCAAAGAAGAAGGUCCGGAUGUGAGGGAAGCAGAACUCACCCAUGAUGUCAGCACUGCCGCCUUCGCGCACCAGCCGAAGUCGGGUGAUUCGUCGAAACAGUCGGAGGCGAACGGAACGGCAUCGACUGUCAACUUUAACUUCAGAGAUGCGAUGGAAAUGGACUCUACCACGUUGAAAAACAGCGAAUCAGGAAGUGGAAGCGGAACUUCGAAAGUGACCUCAGCAGACUGGACAUCAGGACUGUUCAGUAAGUGA